AUUCGCCGUCUGGCGUGCCUUCUUACUUUUCCUUACCCCCCUUUAAUGGAUAAAAUCCCAUUCAACUCAGAUUCCCACCUCUCAAGACAUUAAAAAAACACCAGAUCCGGUUUCUCGUCCAACAAUUUCGCUGUCUGACGGCUGCUCCCGUAUAAACGCGCCUCCGUUACCAUUUCACGCGCCACCUAUUUUCGUUUUCAUUUAUCUUCUUUAUCUUUUUCAUUUUUCUUCUGUCUUUAAAUGGAAAAAAAAGAUCUGAAGAAGAUUGGACGGUGUUGAUUGAGAUUUGAGGUUUCUGAGGCGGCUGAGCUAUUUUGGCAGCUUUAAUGAAAGGUGAACAACUAUUGUUGCUAAGAAGAAGAUGGGAGGAGUGACGUCGUCGAUCGCUGCCAAAUUUGCGUUCUUUCCGCCAAGUCCACCGUCUUACAGAGUGGUGGAGGACGAGUCAAGCGGUGGUCAGCUUUACAUACCGGAGGUACCGAGGAGGGAUGGUGUUGACGUCUUGAAGCUACGCACGCGCCGUGGAAACGACAUAGUCGCCGUCCAUGUUAAACACCCGAAAGCUUCCGCUACUCUCUUGUAUUCUCACGGAAAUGCCGCUGAUCUGGGACAAAUGUUUGAGCUCUUCGUCGAGUUGUGUAAUCGCCUGCGCGUUAAUCUUAUGGGAUAUGAUUACUCUGGCUAUGGUCAGUCAACUGGGAAGCCAACUGAGUGUAAUACAUAUGCAGACAUAGAUGCAACUUACAAGUGCCUUAAGGAAGAGUAUGGAGUUAAAGAUGAACAAUUAAUUUUGUAUGGCCAGUCUGUUGGUAGUGGACCUACGGUUGAUCUUGCUUCUCGUUUGCCCAACUUGAGAGGUGUUGUUCUACAUAGCCCAAUUUUGUCUGGCAUGAGAGUAUUAUACCCUGUCAAAAGGACGUACUGGUUUGACAUUUAUAAGAAUAUUGACAAAAUUGGAGCAGUGAACUGUCAGGUUUUGGUAAUUCAUGGGACAGCUGAUGAAGUAGUUGAUUCAUCUCAUGGUAAACAGCUAUGGGAGCUUUGCAAGCAUAGGUACGAUCCUUUAUGGGUGAAUGGAGGAGGACAUUGCAAUCUUGAGCUUUACCCGGAAUUCAUUAGACAUUUGAAGAAAUUUGUACUGUAUCUAACCAAAUCAAAAGCAGCCACAAACGGUUCCGAGAAUAUGGUGGUGAACUCAGACAAUCAGACAAAACCAUCCGAUGGUGCAACUUCGGAUACUUUUAAAAUGGGUGCCGACCUUCCAGAAGUUUCUAGAAACAGCUUAGAUAGUCGACUCGAGAAGUCUAAGAAGUUGAAUAAGCCUGAGAAGUCUCGAAUGAGCAUGGACCGUGUUGUUGAUAGGUUUAGACGAGAAAAGGGCUUAGUUUGGUGAUUACUUGCACAAAAAACAUCUUAAAUAAAGUAUGCAGAUCUUUCUAGUUUGAGGUAACAUACAUUUUUUUCCACUUAAGCUUUUGUAAUAUUUUCAGAAUGAGUGAAGAUUCUCAUAAAAUGUUAUAAUCGUUCUGUAUGU